AUGGCGGCGGCCAUAGGGGACUCACGUGCGAACGCCGGGAAGAAACGGAAAAAUUCGCUAAAGAGAAAGAAGAAGGUGAAAGCAGUGACCGAGGCUGUGGCGGCGGAGCGGGGAGGUUCUGUGAGAAGAAAGAUGGUCCUUGUUUCUUCGGACGAAGAAGCGAUCGAAGCUGACAAUGAGGAAGAACUUGAGCCCCAGGAUGCUGAUGCCUGUGACAAUGCGGCGGAAUCUAGUGCUGGGGCCAAUGUGGGCUGGGCAGAUGCCAUGGCCAAGAUUCUUAACAAGAAAACUACGAGUAAAGCCCCUAUUCUGGUUAAGAACAAAGAGCUGGAGAAGGAAAAGGAGAAGUUCAGGCAGGAGAGGCUGGAGCGGAGGGCUCAGCUCGACAAGAAGCGGGAGUGGGAAAUGAUGUGCAGAGUCAAGCCAGAUGUGGUCAUGGACAAGGAGGCCGAGAGGAAUCUUCAACGGAUUGCAACUAGGGGCGUGGUACAACUAUUUAAUGCUGUGCAGAAACAUCAGAAGAAUGUGGAUGAGAAAGUCAAGGAAGCAGGUGGCUCCAUCAGGAAACGCGCAAAGCUGAUCUCCACUGUGUCCAAGAAAGAUUUCAUUAGCGUGCUCCGGGGCAUGAAUGGGAGCUCCCAGAAGAGUGGCAAGAAACUGAAAGAUGAGCAGGGCACAGAGAACUCAGAAGAGGGUCCCAGCUGGAAGAUCCUGCGGGACGACUUCAUGAUGGGUGCUGCCAUGAAGGACUGGGACCGCGAGAGUGAUGGGCCUGCCAGCACCUCAGACAGCUGAGCAAGGGACGCUGA